AGUUGUAGACUUGUAGGCGGAUGCUGUAAGGUAUAAAAAAGAAAAAAAAAUUCAGAUAACUAGGCAAAGGAAAAGGAAGGACUGGCCGACUGGGGAACGUGAACCUCUUUACAUCGUUCCCAUCGAACAAUCAGUUCUGUUCACCUUGUUCGGCUUCGUCUGAUUAAUCCCAUUUUCCUUCUUUAAAUAAUCUACAGGAGAAAACGAUUACUAACAUGGCCGCAGCCGCUGCUUCAUCCGUAUCCGCUGCAUUUAAGCCCGAAAUGAAAUCCAUCCCCAAAGUGCCGAUGACUCCAUCGUCACUACCCACCAAGCAAAAUUUGGUCCAGUCGCAAUCGUUUUGCAAUCGCAAGCUCAGGUUCUCGGCGAAUUCGAUGGAGCCACAGGCACACGCGGGGCUGUCGGCAUCUUCCGGUGCCCUUUCUAAGUCUAAGGCCGGUGUGUUGCAGAAGGAUCCGCUGAGGCUGUGGAAUAGGUACUUGGAGUGGGUGUACAAGCAUAAGGAGCUGGGUCUGUACCUGGACAUCAGUCGGGUUGGGUUCAGCGAGGAAUUCAUACCGCAAAUGGAGUCCCGGAUUCAGAAGGCCUUUAAAGACAUGGAGGAGCUUGAGAAAGGGGCUAUUGCCAAUCCAGACGAAGGGCGUAUGGUCGGACACUAUUGGCUCAGGAGCCCGCACAUGGCUCCCAACGCUCCCCUCAGAUUGGAGAUUGAGAACACCCUCGAGGCUGUUUGUAAGUUUGCAGACGAUGUCAUCUCUGGUAAGAUCAAGACUCCUUCAGGUGGCCGAUUCACUCAAAUUCUCAGUGUUGGAAUUGGCGGUUCAGCACUUGGGCCACAGUUUGUUUCUGAGGCUUUGGCCCCUGAUAAUCCUCCUUUGAAGAUUAGAUUCAUUGAUAAUACUGAUCCAGCAGGCAUUGAUCAUCAAAUAGUACAGCUCGGGUCAGACCUGGCAUCAACACUUGUUAUAGUAACCUCUAAGAGUGGAGGCACCCCUGAAACCCGAAAUGGUCUACUAGAAGUACAGAAGGCCUUUCGUGAAGCAGGGCUGGAGUUCGCAAAACAGGGAGUGGCCAUUACACAAGAGAAUUCGUUGCUUGACGUAACUGCUAAAACUGAAGGUUGGAUUGCCAGAUUUCCUAUGUUUGAUUGGGUGGGCGGUAGAACUUCUGAAAUGUCUGCUGUUGGUUUGUUACCAGCAGCCCUUCAGGAAAUUGAUAUAAGAGAGAUGCUUGCUGGUGCCGCAAUAAUGGAUGAAGCAAGUAGGAGUACUGUGGUCCGUGAUAACCCUGCAGCACUUCUUGCUCUAUGUUGGUACUGGGCAACUGAUGGGAUAGGUUCCAAGGAUAUGGUUAUUCUUCCGUACAAGGAUAGCUUGUUAUUGUUCAGUAGAUAUUUACAACAGCUGGUCAUGGAGUCACUUGGCAAAGAAUUUGAUCUGGAUGGUAAUCGGGUGAAUCAAGGGAUCACAGUGUAUGGAAACAAAGGAAGCACAGACCAGCAUGCAUACAUCCAACAGCUGAGAGAGGGCGUGCACAAUUUCUUUGUCACAUUUAUUGAAGUACUGCAGGAUAGGCCUGCUGGUCGUGACUGGGAGCUUGAAACUGGCGUUACCUGUGGUGACUACCUCUUUGGAAUGUUACAGGGAACAAGGUCAGCUCUGUAUGCUAAUAACAGAGAGUCUAUUACUAUAACUGUACAAGGGGUGACCGCCAGAUCUGUUGGUGCCCUAAUAGCACUCUACGAGCGAGCUGUUGGAAUUUAUGCUUCUCUCGUCAACAUUAAUGCCUACCAUCAACCGGGUGUUGAAGCAGGAAAGAAAGCUGCUGGAGAAGUUUUAGACCUUCAAAAGCGCGUUCUUGCCGUACUUAAUGAAGCCAGCUGCAAAGAGCCCAUUGAACCAUUAACACUGGAGAAAAUAGCAGAUCGGUGCCAUGCUCUUGAAGAUAUUGAGAUGAUCUACAAGAUAGUUCAACACUUGGCAGCAAAUGACAGAGCUCUGAUUGCCGAAGGUAGCUGUGGUUCGCCUCGAAGCAUUAAAGUAUUUCUAGGCGAAUGUGAUGUGGAUGACUUGUAUGCGAACGAGUAAAUGGGUACGUAAAACAUUUUUCCUUGUACGUACUCGAUUGGCUGAGGUUGCUAAGAAAUAUUUUUUAUUUCUUGAGGAAUGCUAAGAAAUAAAUGUGAGUAUAUAUACAUACAAAUUGCCAGAAAAGAAUAAUCAUUAUCAAAGGCCUAGAGAGAUUGGGGGUCAUGAGUUGGUUCAGAAAAGGAAAAAAAUACCAACACAUCCUUUAUAUUCCCCCUCCUGUCCCAAUUUAUUUUAUAUGCUUGUUUGUUGUUUGUCGAAUUUUAAGACCUUUGACUGAAUUUU